GUGACAAGAUCAAACGUAUCCUGAUGAAUGCUUAUACCUGUGCAGUUGAGUUUAAGUACAUUCAGACAGCUGUAGAUUAUGUGCAUGGGGUAGAAAGCGAAGUGGGGUGAAAUAUAUAUACAUUUUUAAAAUAUGUGAAGUCUUUCAUCAGUAUGGACACUUUCAGAUUUUGAUGGUAAUGCAUUAAAUUUUUGGAUAAAUGUAAAGUACAGAGGGAAAAGAUUCUGUUUCUUUGAUACAGCAUGGUAUCUAAAGCAUCUGAAUACAGGCGAGAAUACCGCCCAGCUUCUCUAGUUAAAAACAUUCCUACGUAUUACGAGUCACUAACGUAUCGUCACCAUCGCCGUGAGCUUGAGUACGCUCACACACCCAUUUCUUGGUUAUCAGAUUUGGAUGAUAAAACAGAGGCACCAGAUGAAGAAGAUAUACCUGUUGUAAACCUGAAAAUAGAUGAGAAAGAUGAAAAAAGGGAUAUGGAAAAAGAAGAGGGGAUGAAAAAUGAAGAGGAUGAGGAGAUUAAUGACACUGAAGAGGAAUUGGAAGAAGAGGAAAUAAAAAAAGAAAAAUCUGUGAAUUAUGAUGAACAGAAAAAACCGGUUGGAGCACAAGAAAAAUCAGAUGUUUUGAUUGAAAGGCAAACAUCAGAGAGUAGGGAACUUACAAAACUAGCUAAGAAUAAGCUGAAGAAAUAUAGCUGUACUGAGAAUAAAAACAAUGGCAGAAUAAAGCCAUCUCAAGACAAAUACGAAAUCAAAGAGGAAUUUCUAGCACCAAAAAACGUUGAUGAGAAGAUAUUUGUUAAAAGACCAAGGCGUCCUGACAGAAGUAAACAGAUCCUACCUCGUCCCAAAACAGCCUGCUCGUCCUCUCAACCACAGGAGUCUAUGACGCGUCCUUUAUCAUCAGCGUCUCCGAGGCCCUCCUCCUCUGCUUCCUGUGAUAAACCCCCUUUUGUACUGUAUGGCAGUGGUGACUCCGAACUCAAAACAGGGAACAAAAGAACUCACAAUGUCCACUGUUCAACUGAUAUUUACCCAGCUGCUGUAAAAGCUAGGCAACAAAACUACAUCAGAGCAAAAAAGUUGGAAGACCUAAGGAAGAAAAUUCUCCUACAGAAAAAGAAACAAAAGAACAUACAAACCACUAAAUUCUCCAAGGAGACUACCGCCUGGCACAGCGAGUACCAAAACCAAUACCCCACCUACGACAAGGAAGAGUAUGCAAGACGACUAAGGGCCCUGGAAUUCGCAAGGGCUCGGAAAGUUAAAUGUGAUUUGUAAUAAACUAUUAAGGGCUCUGGGAUUUACAAGAGCUCAGAAAAUAAGUCAGUUGUGAUCGGUAGUUGUAAAGAUAUAUAGGACAUGGAUCUCAGUAUAUAUAUAUACUGUAAUAUUUAUUGUAUAUUGUAUGGAUAUAGAUGUAGAUAUAGGUUCUUGUGUGUGACAAUAUUGCCAGAGGAAGGUCCUGUGUGGCAUUGCUACAAAUCUGAAAAUCAUCAUGCCUGUAUUUAUUAGUUAGUGUAAAGUGCAGAUACAGGCGAAUUAAAGAUAUUUUAAUCUAUUUAUUAUCAGGUAUGCUCAGCAGAUUUUGUGAAAAGUGAUAUGUGUUGAACAGCUUGAUUAAUAGUAUCAGAAAGAUCAUAUUACCUGUAGAUUUAAACAAGAGAGAGGAUAAUGGCUACAAGAUAGAAAUGAAAAUGAAUACUGUGAUAAACUAUAUAUGACAGGUUUUGUUUCUAUGAAGUUUACUGUAAUGACCGACACUGAGGCCAAUAACCAUGCAAUUUAUAUAUGUAAAGAUCCUUUCUGUGUUUUAAUGCCUAGAAUUCAUUAUUGUUAUAAAUGUUAUUCUUAUAAGAGGCAGAUUAAAUUAUUGGUACCAGGUAAUGUUUAAAUAUUGGUACUUGCAUCAUUUUUAAAUUUCAUAGAUCUUGAGAUUUCAAGCUGGAUUAUCUUUAUAUAUUAGUUGAAUUUUAUUUUCCCCAAGAAGGUUUAGAACCAGUUGUUAUUUCACACUUGUCUGUGUCGUGGAUUAGAUGUUGUGUUACUUAGUCCUUAAACGAUUUUAGAAUUUCUCAGUUUACAUUGGGAAAUACUUACACAUGUACAUGUAUGUGCAUGUAUGUGACUGUUUUAAAUCUAGAUACAAUGUAUAUAUUAUCUAAUUUAAUUAAAAUCAGCUAUUUUUAAUCCACUACCGCUUCUCAAGUGGUAUCAGAUUGAAAACAGCUGAUUUUAAUUAGAUUGUAUUUUAUCAAAUGUAGUUUUGGUAAAGAUUCAUAUUUUAUAUAAAGAUGUGAAAUGUGGUAAAAUAAUUUCUUUUCAUGUAUUAAAAAAAACUGUCAUCAUUAAAUAAGAAA